AUGGCGGGGGCGCCGCGCGGCCGAGGCGGCGGCGGAGGCGGAGGCGGCGCGGGCGAGUCUGGGGGCGCCGAGCGGGCGGCGGGGCCGGGCGGCCGGCGCGGGCUGCGGGCGUGCGACGAGGAGUUCGCGUGCCCCGAGCUGGAGGCGCUGUUCCGCGGCUACACGUUGCGGCUGGAGCAGGCGGCCACGCUGAAGGCGCUGGCCGUGCUCAGCCUACUGGCGGGCGCGCUGGCCCUGGCCGAGCUGCUGGGCGCGCCGGGGCCCGCGCCCGGCCUGGCCAAGGGCUCGCACCCCGUGCACUGCGUGCUCUUCCUGGCGCUGCUCGUGGUCACCAACGUCCGCUCGCUGCAGGUGCCCCAGCUGCAGCAGGUCGGCCAGCUCGCGCUGCUCUUCAGCCUCACCUUCGCGCUGCUCUGCUGUCCCUUCGCGCUCGGCGGCCCCGCCGGGGCCCACGCCGGGAGGGCAGCGGUGCCGGUGGCAGCCGACCAGGGCGUCUGGCAGCUCCUUUUGGUCACCUUCGUGUCCUAUGCCCUGCUGCCCGUGCGCAGCCUGCUGGCCAUCGGCUUCGGGCUCGUGGUGGCCGCCUCGCAUUUGCUGGUCACGGCUACCUUGGUCCCCGCCAAGCGCCCACGUCUCUGGAGGACGCUCGGUGCCAACGCCCUGCUCUUCCUUGGCGUGAACAUGUACGGGGUCUUCGUGAGGAUCCUGGCUGAGCGCUCCCAGAGGAAGGCCUUCCUGCAGGCCCGGAACUGCAUCGAGGACCGGCUGAGGCUGGAGGAUGAGAACGAGAAGCAGGAGCGGCUGCUCAUGAGUCUCCUGCCCCGGAACGUCGCCAUGGAGAUGAAGGAGGACUUCCUGAAGCCCCCCGAGAGGAUAUUCCACAAGAUCUACAUCCAGCGGCACGACAACGUGAGCAUCCUCUUUGCAGACAUCGUGGGCUUCACGGGCUUGGCGUCGCAGUGCACGGCCCAGGAGCUGGUGAAACUCCUCAAUGAGCUCUUCGGCAAGUUUGACGAGCUGGCCACGGAGAACCACUGCCGUCGCAUCAAGAUCCUGGGAGACUGCUACUACUGCGUGUCCGGCCUCACUCAGCCCAAGACGGACCACGCCCACUGCUGCGUGGAGAUGGGCCUGGACAUGAUCGACACCAUCACGUCCGUGGCCGAGGCCACUGAGGUGGACCUGAACAUGCGUGUGGGGCUGCACACCGGCAGGGUCCUCUGCGGGGUCCUGGGCCUGCGCAAGUGGCAGUACGACGUGUGGUCCAACGAUGUGACCCUGGCGAACGUCAUGGAAGCCGCCGGCCUGCCUGGGAAGGUUCACAUCACAAAGACCACCCUGGCGUGCCUGAAUGGUGACUAUGAGGUGGAGCCGGGCCAUGGACACGAGAGGAACAGUUUUCUGAAAACUCACAACAUCGAGACCUUUUUCAUCGUGCCCUCCCAUCGGCGAAAGAUAUUUCCAGGACUGAUUCUCUCAGAUAUAAAACCGGCCAAGAGGAUGAAGUUCAAGACCGUGUGCUACCUGCUGGUGCAGCUCAUGCACUGCCGGAAGAUGUUCAAGGCUGAGAUCCCUUUCUCCAAUGUCAUGACCUGCGAGGACGACGACAAGCGGAGGGCAUUGAGAACAGCCUCAGAAAAACUCAGAAACCGCUCGUCUUUCUCUACAAAUGUUGUCCACACCACCCCUGGGACACGCGUCAACAGGUACAUCAGCCGCCUCCUGGAAGCCCGCCAGAUGGAGCUGGAGAUGGCGGACCUGAACUUCUUCACCCUGAAGUACAAGCAGGCUGAGCGAGAGCGAAAGUAUCACCAGCUUCAGGACGAGUAUUUCACCAGCGCCGUCAUUCUGGCCCUCAUCCUGGCCGCCUUAUUCGGCCUUGUCUACCUUCUAAUAAUCCCGCAGAGCGUGGCCGUCCUCCUCCUGCUGGUGUUCUGCAUCUGCUUCCUGGUGGCCUGUGUCCUGUAUCUACACAUCACCCGGGUCCAGUGUUUUCCAGGGUGCCUGACGAUCCAGAUCCGCACCGUCCUGUGUAUAUUCAUCGUGGUCUUAAUCUACUCCGUGGCCCAAGGCUGCGUGGUGGGCUGCCUGCCUUGGGCCUGGAGCUCCAGUCCCAACGGGUCCCUGGUGAUCCUGUCGUCUGGGCGCCGGGACCGCGUGCUGCCCGCCGCGCCCUGCGAGUCUGCGCCCCACGCCCUGCUGUGUGGCCUCGUGGGCACCCUCCCGCUGGCUGUAUUCCUGCGGGUGUCCUCCUUGCCAAAAAUGAUCCUGCUUGCCGUGCUUACCACCUCCUACAUCCUCGUCCUGGAGCUCGGCGGGUACACGAAGGCCGUGGGGGGUGACGCCGUCUCGGGCCGCAGCUUUGAGCCUAUCGUGGCCAUCCUCCUGUUCUCGUGCACGCUGGCCCUGCACGCCCGGCAGGUGGACGUCAAGCUGCGGCUGGACUACCUGUGGGCCGCACAGGCAGAGGAGGAGAGGGACGACAUGGAGAGGGUGAAGCUGGACAACAAGAGGAUUCUCUUCAACCUCCUGCCGGCCCACGUCGCCCAGCACUUCCUCAUGUCCAACCCCCGCAACAUGGACCUGUACUACCAGUCGUACUCGCAGGUGGGGGUCAUGUUCGCCUCCAUCCCCAACUUCAACGACUUCUACAUCGAGCUGGAUGGCAACAACAUGGGCGUGGAGUGUCUGCGCCUCCUCAACGAGAUCAUCGCCGACUUUGACGAGCUCAUGGACAGAGACUUUUACAAGGACCUGGAGAAGAUCAAGACCAUCGGAAGCACCUACAUGGCUGCCGUGGGGCUGGCGCCCGCGGCCGGGACCAAGGCUAAGAAGUCCAUCUCCUCCCACCUCAGCACACUGGCAGAUUUUGCCAUCGAGAUGUUCGACGUCCUGGAUGAGAUCAACUACCAGUCUUACAACGACUUCGUGCUCCGUGUUGGCAUCAAUGUUGGCCCCGUGGUGGCUGGAGUGAUCGGGGCUCGCAGGCCGCAGUACGACAUCUGGGGAAAUACGGUCAACGUGGCCAGUCGGAUGGACAGCACCGGCGUCCAGGGCAGAAUCCAGGUCACGGAGGAAGUGCACAGGCUGCUGCGGCGGGGCUGCUACCGCUUCGUGUGCCGAGGCAAAGUCAGCGUCAAGGGCAAGGGCGAGAUGCUGACAUACUUCCUGGAAGGCAGGACCGACGGAAACGGCUCCCAAAACAGGUCCGUGAACUCAGAGCGGAAAAUGUGUCCUUACGGGAGAGCCGGCCUCCAGACCAGACUGGCCACGGGCCACCCCCCGGUGCCCCCUGCGGCCGGCCUCCCAGUCAGAGCCGGGCCGGGGGCUCUGCAGGGCUCGGGGCUUGCCCCCUGCCCCCCAGGCCACCACCUGCCCCCCGGAGCAGCUGGGAAGGAGGCUUAG